UCGUCUCCAGGGUCAAACCGUCCCUUUGCCCCGGGCCCUUCACCUCCCAAUCCCCGGGGGAGGCCCCUCACCGCCUUCCGUCAACCGACAGAGUGGAGGCGGCUAUUCGCCAGUGAGUCUGGACAAGCCUGGAAUGCUUUGGGCAUUUUUGGUUUUUUUUUUGUUGCCAAGUAUGAAUGAGAGGGAAUGAGAGGCCCCUUGUUGCUCAGUGACAUUUUGAUAAUAACUAUCAAUAUCCCGGCGCUCGUCAUUGAUCAGAAACUGAAUUGCACAGAGCGUCCACCAGCUCCAGAGGGUAUACUGCCGUCUCUGGACUGAUUGAUUAGGAAAUACCUUAAAUCUGUAAAUGCCUCUGGGCCAGGAGACCCAGGUUCAAGUCUCACCUGCUCCAAAGGUGUGUAAUAACAUCUCUGAAGCUAAAAAUCUGUAAACUAAGGCAAAAUACUGGAAAUCUGAAACAAAGUGAUGCAGAAACUGACUGUUGCUAUAAGAGGUAAAGGCAACAAAUCCUAACUCGCCUCCUGAUUUCCCCAUCAUCAAAACACCAGUCAGGAGUGUGAUGGAAUAUUCCUCACCUGUCUGGAUUGUUGCAGCUCCAAAAGCACUGAAGAAGCUUGGCACCAUCCAGGACAAGGCAGACUGCUUCAUUGGUAAUCAAUCUGCCACCUUCAACUUUCGCGGCUUUUGCUUCUGAUGUGCCAUCUUCUACCAGCUACAAGAUACACUGCAGAAAUUCAUCAAGGCUUCUUCAACAAUACCUUCCAAAUAUAUAACUACUACCAUCUAGAAAGUUAAGGCCAGCAGAUGCAUUAGAACAGUAUCGCCUACAAGUUCCCCACUGCGCCAUUCACCAUCCUGGCUUGGAACUACUGUAUAUCAUUGUUAAUUCAGAGUUGCUGGGUCUUCCCUCUCCCUAAUUGGAGGUGUACAGUAGAUCAAGUAGGCAGUUCAGCACCAUCUUCCCAACAGAAAUUAACGAUUGGGAACAAGCAUGGGAUAUGAAUCUCAGUGGCAAAAUCAACGUUGAAAAAAAAAUUUCAAAUCAAGAAACUUGUGCAAAUUUUCAAGAAAAGAGAAUAUUGAGGUGCUUCCUUCCUUUGGCCCAGAAAAAUGUUGCAGGAGGUUCCUCCAUUACACAGCUUGUAUCCAGGUUUGCCACCCUCGACCUCCGAUAUAUUCAAUCUCCAACUAUUUCCACAAUAACCAAACUGGGAUUACCUUUGGGCAGUAACUUCACUUGUGCACGUAAAUUAUGUGCUAUCAAGAGUGUGCCAAGUUGUGCAAUUAAUUUUCAACAACCGGUGAGAGCUCUCACUUACUGCAGUCUACGUAAAGGAAAACGGAAAUCGGUGAAAUCUGUUGUCAAAAGGUUCCUACGGCUGCACUGUGGUCUCUGGGUGCGGAGAAAGGCGGGUUACAAGAAAAGACUUUGGAAGAAAAGGCCUGCGAGAAAACGUAGACUCCGACAACAUGUCUUCUGUAACAAGACCCAAUGCAAAAUGCUGGACAAAAUGACGACGGAUUUCUGGAAAAGGCGGAACUGGUAUGUGAACGACCCAUACCAAAUGUACCACGAUCGAACAAACCUAAAGGUUUAAAGAUUUGUGACAAUUCUGGCAAAACCUGUAGUCGUUUUUUAUUAGUCCAGAAGUGAAAGCAACAUCCUUGGUUGAGAAUAUGUUUGGAGUUUAAUACUGAACUAACUUUAUUCAGAAUACAGCAAUUGACCAUGGAUGUUGGAAGUCCAGAAGAAAUAAUACAGGCAAAUACCUAUAUAAUGUGUCUGUAUUUGUUAAUGUUCCACAAUAAAGCUUCCAUUCCAUACAA